UCCAAACAGCUACCUGUUAAAACACAACUAACGGUAAAACCCCACAACUUUCCCGUUUUCCGUCCAACCCUCCCAAUAACUGUUGACCGUUAAAUCUCCGGUCAGAUGAACGGCCAUCAUCCCAUCUCCCCCUCACUUUUCACAUCCCCCCGAUGCUUUUUCCUCCACUCCCCCUAACCCCCACCUAACCCCAAACCACCGUCCACGUCAGAUCAAUGACUAACAACCACCACACUUCCCGCCACCACGGCGGAGGAGGAAGAGAAGACUGCUGGACUGAAUCGGAAACCGAGACGUUGAUCGAGUCAUGGGGCGACCGUUAUCUCCAACUCAACCGUGGUAACCUCCGUCAAAAAGAUUGGAAGGAUGUGGCUGACGCCGUUAACGCUAACCGUGACCUGUCUAAGGUACCCAGAACAGAUGUCCAGUGUAAGAACAGGAUCGAUACUUUGAAAAAGAAGUAUAAGCUUGAGAAGUCCAAAACGACGCCGUCUAAGUGGCCGUUUUUUACCCGCCUUGGUGAUCUGAUCGGGACGGGUGGGAGUGUGACCCGGAAGAAAAUAAACACUCCUAAAACGGCUGUUGUUUCGGUUACGGUUAAAUCGGGUUCGAACCCGAACCCUGAUGUGAAGGGUGUUGUGUACUCGGGUGGAUCGGAUGAUGAGAGUGUUGGGAGGAUGGAGAGUUUGGAUGAUUCGGAUGGGAUGAUGGCGUAUAAGGAGUUGGCGAGGGCGAUUGUUCGGUUUGGGGAGGUUUAUGAGAGGAUGGAGAAUUUGAAGCAGGAGGAGAUGGUGAAGUUGGAGAAGCAGAGGAUGGAGUUUACUAGAGAACUUGAGUUUCAGAGAUUGAAUAUGUUUAUGGAAACUCAAGUUGAGCUUGAGAAGAUGAAAAAUAAGAAGAAGAAGAAGAAUAAGAGAUCGUCUGCUACGGGUUCCUUGAGUACAGGAAAGAAACCUCAGCGAUGAUGGAUGUGCAGGCCGUUAGAAGUCAUGUAAAGAUCUCACUACAAGAUGGAUAUAAUUAUCGAACCAUAUAGCAUCAUUUGUGUAACAAAGUUGAUUUUAGAUGCUAAUUGAGUAAUUUAUUGCUAUGGUACUGUCUUUUUUUUUUUUUUUUUUUGUACAUAAUGUAUUCCUUGUGAUUUUGUAUUGUUAUGUAUUAUCCUGUGUGUUGACUCUUCAAAGUCAACUUUUCUACCUAAUGUUGCAUAUUGUAACCUGUUUUAUCUGACA